AUGCCUCUUCAUCGUGGCCUGCCGGCGACAAAACACCGGUGGAGCCAUGACCUGAGGAGUGCGUUCCCGAGUGGCGUGUUCUCACUUCUAAUUUUAAGACUGAUAAAGUCUCGUCAGUUCUCGGUCGAUGCGAGCCACUAUCGAGGCCUUGGCAAAGAUGUUGUUAUUAGGCCCUUAUCUGGUGAGGAGGAGACUUCGAUCCCGGCAUCGAAAUCGGUGAAGGACAAAAAGAGAAAAAAGAUCUCGAUCUCCGAGGAUCCGGAACCUAAGAAGAAGAAGGGUCGUAAGCAGAGGAAGAAUAUCAUCCUCCCGACCGAAGACUCUGUUCGGCGUCUUAGGGAUGAUGAUGAAGAAGAGGAAGAAGAUGACUCCAGGCUGGUAGCCCGAGUGAAAAUGAGCACCGAGACCCCAAAGGCUACUAAAUCGGUGAAGGCUGCAGAGAUUCCAUCUCGUGAUGAGGGAGUCUCGGGAAAAGAAUGUGUCAAAAUCCCCGAGUCGUCGAGGAUCGAGGCUAACCCCCACCAUAAUGAGCCAAUGGCUCGGGCCUUGAAGACCCUUUCCAUCGAAGGAGGCCAUGGAAGGGAGGAUCCCUUCCGUGAUUAUUUUACUGGGGUCGAAAAUGCUACCGGCCUGAGCGACUUGGAGGUCCCGAGGAAGGACUCGGGUGAGGCAUCGAGCCUUUUCAAUGAAGUGCAGCAAGCUUUGACUCAGGCUUCAGUGCUUCAUUGGGAAGCAUUUUCUCGGUCUCGAACUGAGCUGAGUCGGCUCGAUUGGGGAACAUUGGCUAAUAUUUUGAUUUCACAGCUGCAACAGAAGAUCGAGAUGACCGGGCAACUCCGUGAGGAGGUCGACAUGAUAAAGGCAGAGAUCUUGGGGUGGAAAGAAGGUAUGGACCGUUUCACUACAGAAAAAGAGACUGCCUUAUCCCAAUUGUCAUCGGCUGAAAGUGUGCUUCGAGGCAUGAAAGAGAAGAGCUCGGCUCAGGAAAACAAAAAAGCGGAGCUCGAAGCUUGGUUGGCUUCCGAACUUGAAAAGGCCAAAUCUAAAGCUGAAAAGGAUAAAGUCGAGGCAGACGCGAUCGUGGCCGUCUACCGAGCCGAUGCUGAAGCCGCUCAAGCUAAAGAGUUUGAAGCCGAUGCUGGAGUCCUGGCUUCCGAUGAUGAUGAUGAUGACGACGAAAGCAAGAGUGGGUCUGAGAGCGGGGAGGAGCUCGAUGGAGAAGAAACUGCCACCGGAGAAAAUCAGGAACCUUGGGAUAAAAGAAAGUGUACACAGAACCAGGCGGAGAUUGAGAUUGGCAUUCCUUCUGAGCCAAGCUCAUCAACUUUGGAGCAAUAUACAGUUGAAAUUCCUGAAGUCUUCAAGGAAAAUGAUGGCAUUUCAGGGGUUGAAGAUGCGAGGUAUAAGAUACUCAGUCCCCACAGUCAGAGGAAGAAGAGAGGUACAUGGCACAGGUUCCUUAUUCCAGUGUAG